GCCUUCCUGAAUAGUCCUGGCUUCGGAACUCGCUGCAUGAAAGACCAGCCACUGACUAAAAAGUUCCCUUGUAAAAACAUCUCUAGUGAAUGGAUCAUCCCUACUGUGUCACCAAGCGUAACCAACAUUCUGUUAUCUCACGAAUGGACUCCGAAUAAUCCAUCCCCUUCCUGCACCUGCAGUACAAGGAAUAAGCUGAUAAUGCUGCCCGAAUGUCCUGAGGGUGCUGGGGGGCGCCCUCCACCACAGAGAAUUCAGCCCGGCUCAGAGAUUCUCCAGGACCUCACAGAGCGAAAUAUUUCAGAUUUUCUCCUGAAAACAUACCCCACUCUGAUAAGA